AUGUCAGACUAUAUCCCGGAGGAAGUGAUGCUGGAAAUUCUGCAAAGACUUCCCGUCAAAUCCCUAAUUCGAUUCAGGUGCGUUUCUAAAUCAUGGAACUCUCUAAUCAAAUCCUCUGCCUUCAUCAAUUCCCAUCUCACUCGAUCACUUUCACUUUCCUCCAACAAAUUAAUUUUUAGGCAACGCGUUGAUAAACUGCCUUUGUAUCCCGAUUUAGAGUGCUACAAAUUAAUUGACGAUACCAUUGACUCCUCAUCUGAUCAAAUUCAACACAUUGAUUGUCCACUAACGUCUCGUUUAUUAUUCCAUUUUAAGUUAAUCGGCUCCGUGAAUGGAUUGUUCAGUCUUUUUGAAAUAGAGCGCUAUGUUCUUUGGAAUCCCUCUAUUAGAAAAUUUAUAACCCUUCCAAAACCUUGCAUUACUGUCAAGACAUCCCCUUAUAACGCAUUCGGGUUCGAUCCGCGGACUAAUGAUUAUAAGGUGGUGAGGAUUGUAUUUCAAGAUGGAACUAAAACGUCUGAAGCAGCCAAAAUACCUGUGGUUGAGGUUUACUCUCUUAAUGAGGGCUCUUGGAGAAUAACAAGGGCUGGCAACUCUUUUUCGCCCGGGUUUAGUUUUGUUGAUUGGAAGUCAUCAGCUUCUUUAAAUGGGGCUGUCCAUUUUUUAGUGAAGGAUAGGGACAAUAAGUCGUGUCCAUUAGUUUUGUCAUUUGACUUGGGUGAUGAGGUUUUUCGCGUGAUAUCUGUGCCAAAUGGUGCAUUCAGUACAAGUGAUUAUGUUCGUACCUCAGUAAUUGGGGGAUCGCUUUCUCUUUUAUGUCAUGAUACUCUUGAGAACACUAUGAAGCGCUGUUCCAUUUGGGUAAUGAAAGAGUAUGGUGUUGUUGAUUCUUGGACUAAACAGUUCACUGUUGAUUUCAAUGGAGGACGUCUAUUAGGUCUCCAGAAGAAUGGUAAUAUAUUAGUGAAGACAGAACUACCAAUUCACUGUGAGAUCUCUUCAUAUGAUCCUAAGAGCAAACAAGUUAAGAAUUUGGGAAUUUGUAGGAGGCCAUUCGAUUUUUGUGUUGAUAAUUAUAUGGAGAAUCUAGUCUUACUUGACAAACCGAAUGGCAAAGUUUCCAAAAGGAGAGUGAGCAGGAAGAGGAAAUACAGUUUAAUAAAUGUGGUAUCAGAGGAAGAGAGACGAGAUAAAGAAACAAGCCAUGAGCUCGAAAAGAAAAUGUUACAUCUAGAGCAUGAUAUAGCCAUUUUAAAAGCAAAAGUGAUGGAAAUUUCCACUCUAAAGUCAGAAAGGGCGGCUUUAAAAUCACAGACAUUACGGUUUGUUCAACAAUUGAGUAACCAGGUUAAAAACAUGAUUAGCAGUGUUGGAAAUGUGGGUUCGCCAUAACUUGGACAAAAAUCCUCUUCUAUUUGCCAAGAAUUGCCAACUCGUGAUGAGAAAUAUAAGUUGAACAAUCACUCAGUGUGGAGAAAUUUAUGUUGAACUUCGGAACUUCAUAAUUCUAGUCGUGUAUUUUAACAACUUGUUGUAAUCAUGUUAUUUUUGGAACAAAUAUGUUAAUUUUAUACAUGAGUAUUUAUUAGCUUUAAUAUUUGGAGCA